UAGUACACUUCCUGUUGCAAUGUCAGCCGCCAAUAAACAAGAAAGAAGAAGAAAAAUAUCGGGAGCAGCACGUGUGCAGCCCGACUUCUGCGUUUUCAAAGCUUUUGCUUUUAAGAUUUUUUUUUUGUGGUAGAAUGGAAGAAGAGUUGACGGGCAAUUACCGGGAAGCGUGUCCGCAGUGUGGGUCUGUGGACUGGGGAGUGUCAGACGAGCAGCGGUUUUUCUGCAGGUCUUGUCAUAACGUCAUCGAGCGAACCUAUGAACUGGAGUCGGUCCCGUACACGCCGGGAUGGUCGCAGAUCACCACCAUCAGCCGAGGGAUCCGAAGAAAGAAGCAAGAGGGAAGGCGCCUGUGGGUGGAGUGUGAAGGCUUCCAGUUCAUUCUAAUUAAGCAAGCGGCCGCCCUGCUCGAGCUGGGCGUUGCCCCAAGUUUUAAGGACGAUGUGUUGCGGCCGCUGUGGCAGCGCUUCUUGCAGAUGAGCAACCAGGCGUACACGAACACCCCAGUCAGGAGCACCAAGUUCAAAAUGCAAGCUAUUGAUUCGGAUGUGGCCAGUGGCACUGAGUCGUCCUUCCUGUCCACUAGCGAGAUGGACAGUGAGACGUACGCGCCCAGCGCGUCCGCGUCGCAACCAGACAGCUGUAGUGAUUGGUCUGAUGGCUCUCAUGGCAGCUCUGCCACCUUAAGGACUCGCCACAAGUCACGCUGCAGACCCAUGAGGAUGACCAAAACGCUGGCACUGAUCCACUUGGCCCUGGUGUGGAGUCGCCAAGCGCUGACUCUUGGCGAUCUGCUCAGGUUGGUGAGCGACGGACAUGUCCCGUAUAUUACUGCCUACCAGGACCUCCCUGAGGAGAUGAAGCUGAACGGCCCAAAGGCAAUGAUCUUCACUGUGCAGACGGUCCCAACCCACCGUGCGCUGCACAAGGAGGCCCAGACGCUUAUUCGCUUCCUGCAACUUCCCGCUUUUCCUCCAAUCCGCCACCAGGACCCACUACAUCCGAAAAUGCUCAGCCUGCGCUAUCUGGCUGACGCCAACCUUCCCGCAGAUGAGCUCUACCCGUGGGUGUGCAUGCUGAUGGAGCGCAGUAGCCUGGCAGACCCAGAGCGCAAAACCUUGGAAGCCUCCAGUCGCCGCACGCUGCCGCAGUACGACGUGCAGGCCGCCGCUCUCAUCAUCGUCGCCAUGAAGCUCCUCUUUGGCCUGGACGACCGCACAGAAUGGUAUUUGUCAAAUGCCACCGGUGAUCUGGUUACUGAAGAAUGUACGUCACAUGACCAGCCGUCACAGACAGGAAGCCCAUUCAGUCUGAGAAGGUGGUACCGUCUUCUGCACGUCGCCAUGACCCGAGCGCAGCAGAGACAAGAGCGUGUUACAGCCAGAAAGCAGUGGAAGGGCAUGCCGCUUUACUCAAACAGGAAGGUCAAAUCUGCAGUUUUGAAAAAACAAAGAGUCGCCGAGACGCUGAAGUCGUGUUUGGAGAAAUUGUCAUCUUGCACGGCAGACGCACCCCCAGCGGCGCCGUCGUCUUUCACGUUCUGCUGGGGGGAAGAGGACGGCGCUGACGGUCCAAGUCUGCGUGACAAGAACCUCAAUGCCGUGGUCACCCUGAAACAGGAAGUCCUGAGCCCCGUCAACACUGCGUACUGGCACAUUCCGCUCAAUGUCUGCGACUCCCGCAACUGCAAUGGUCACUUUGCGGAGACGGAGGCCACACUGCCGCGGUCCUUCCUUUGGUUGCUCCAGCUCUUCAGCUUCAUCUUGCAAGUCAAACCUGCCCAGCUGCACCAGGAAGUGCUGAACUUAGAGAGGUGUGUCCUCAAGAGGACUGUGGGGAAAGGCAACCUUGACCAGAAAUGCGCGUGCGGGCGACGGCGGCGCGCAGCGUGCUGACGCGCACGCGCUCGCGGGUUCACGGGGUUCAUGGAGUUUACUGUGACACCGCUGACUCCUUGGCCCCGCCUCUCGACUGUGGCCGACCAAUGGUUUUCCGACCUGACAGUGACCACGCCUCUCUCUGACCCCUAUUGGCCAUGGCUUGCUACACCUUUGCUGCUGAUUGGCCGCCGCUCAUAUUUUUUUUUUCCCCCUCAACCCGCCUCUCCCCGCUCCCUCUUCCUGUUUUUUUUUUUUUUUUUUUCCCUCUCUAUGUGGCUCCUCAGCUGAACCGAGCCCGGCCGGCGGUUCCCGAGCGAGCAGCUUCUUUUCCCCGUCUCGCCAUGCUGCUCUCCCGCCAGGUGGACUUGGAGGCGGCCGAGGCGCUCGUCAGCAUGAGCUUCUGGGGUCAAAGUUCACCGUUGGCCCGCCCGCUGACGCCCACCUCAGACUCGUGUGACUCCACUCCCCCGCACUCGGAGGGCGGAGCCUCGGCCA